UUUGCAGGGUUUCUGAAAUACAGGCAGCGAACGAGCAACAGAGAGAGAGAGAGAGAGAGAGAGAGAGAGAGAGAGAGGCUAAUUCGUAGUUCAAACGGGGAAGAAUGCCGAAGUCAAAGCGCAAUAGACCAGUGACGUUGUCGAAGACAAAGAAAAAGGGAAGGGAACACAAGGAGUCGAUUGUGAAUUCGAUCAGGGACGCAGUUGAAAAGUACAACUCCAUACAUGUGUUUACGUUCGAGAACAUGAGGAACCUCAAGUUCAAGGAGUUCAGAGAGAACCUCAAAUCGUCUAGCAGAUUUUUUCUUGGAUCAAACAAAGUCAUGCAGGUGGCUAUAGGUCGAUCCGUUGCCGAUGAGAUUAGACCUGGCCUUCACAAAAUUUCUAAGCUUUUACGUGGAGAUUCUGGGCUAUGUUUUACCAAUUUGCCGAAAGAAGAGGUCCAAAGGUUAUUUAAUGAGUAUGAAGAAUAUGAUUUUGCACGGACUGGUAGCUUAGCUACCGAGAAGGUAGAGCUUCAAGAAGGUCCUCUGGACCAGUUCACCCAUGAGAUGGAGCCCUUUCUGCGCAAGCAGGGAAUGCCUGUUAGGUUGAACAAAGGUGUGGUGGAGCUUGUUUCAGACUUUGUUAUUUGUGAGGAAGGGAACCCAUUGUCACCAGAGUCAGCUCGCAUACUGCGUCUGCUCGGUAUCAAGAUGGCUACCUUCCGCCUUCACUUAAUUUGCAGAUGGAGUCCCGAGGAGUUUGAAGUUUAUAAAGAAGGGCUGGAUGGUUCAGAUGUUGAAUCUUCAUAGGAUUCUGUUUGAGGAUGAACAAUGAUGAAUGUUUCCUCAACCUAGUAAUACAAGAGCAGCUACUGUCCGAGGCAUGUCAGUGUACUAGAGAGUUCAGAAUCUCACCAAUGGACGUCAGAUGAUAUAUGAAACUAUUUAGCUGUUGUACUAUUUUGCUUAUUUUUUUUAGUGCAAUCUUGUUGAGUUGGAUUUUGUCUUACAGAUUCUUGUGUAAAAAAAAGUAACAGAAGGAAGUUAACCAGGAGCCUGAAAGAGAUGGUUAUAAUUUCCAUUCUCUUGUUUGUGUUC